AUGCCCUCCUCCCGUAUCCUCUUUCCGGCCCGCAUCACCCCCCGUCAGCGCCUCCUCAACCCAUCGCACCCCUGUCCUUGCUCCUGGCGGCUCUCCCUGCCCUCCUCUGCCUUACCAACCCAACAUCGAUCGACCAGUUCCAAAUCGUCCUCCUCCUCGCAAUGGCUUUCCCGCCAACGACGGGACCCCUUUGUCCGCUCACGCACCAACACCCUCCUCGACCCGUCCGCCUCGUCCUCGCAAUCCUACGUCGCGCGAUCCGCUUUCAAACUACUCGAAUUGCAUCAGUCCUCGAUCGGUGGGCGGAGGAGACCUUUGGUGAGGAAGGGGAUGACGAUCGUGGAUUUGGGUGCGAGUCCGGGCGGUUGGAUACAGGCGUGUAGGACUCUGGUCGGCAGUAGCCGAUCGUCCGGUCGAGCGACACGUGGUGCCCAAGCUCCUCCUUCUCGAGCGACCCCUCGAGCGGGUGCUUCAACCCGGAUCAUAGGUCUCGACCUGCUCCCCUUGGACCGCUCGCUCGAUUCGGACCCCGACCUCGAAUUCCUCCAAGGCGAUUUCCUCGACCCCUACAUCCAAGCCCAACUGUCCGAGCUACUCGGACAAGACCAUGUCGAUCUCGUUCUGUCGGACAUGCUGAACAACCAGUCCGGGUCGACGUUGAGGGAUUCGCAACGCUCGAUCGAUCUCUGUCGUUCGGCUUGGGAAUUCGCGAGAAAGCAUUUGAGCGUUGACAAAGUACGGCCAACGGAAAAAGCAGGGGACGCGGCAAAAUCUUGGCCGAGUAUUCAAUUGGUGAUCAAGUGCCUGCAGUCGGAUUUGGCGAUCGAGUUGGGCAACGAGUUGAGGGGUGAUUUUCAAAAGGUCAGGUGGGAGAAACCCAAGAGUUCGAGGGCGGACAGUCGGGAGGGGUAUUGGGUUUGUUCGGGGUUCAAAGGGCGAGGUGGUGCGGGUGCAGGAAAGGAGUCAAAGGAGGGGAAAGGAAAAACGGGGGCCGGAACAGUCGACGAAGGAGUAGAAGAGAGUAGUGAUGGGCUCUAUUUUUGA